UGUAAUGUGUGUGUUGUCAGAGACUGGAGAAUGGUCUGUUGGAGAUGAGCAGUAAGGACUCUGACGUUGCCAUUGAAGAGGGACAUGACGGACUCUCACUGCUACCUUGCAAGCUCUCAAUAAAGGUCUUCCAGAGUCUAGACGUAGGAGACCUGCUGAAAUGUGCAGAAGUGUGUCGGACCUGGAAGGCCAUCGCUCAGUCCUGCUCACUGUGGAGUCGGAUCAGUUUCUCUGUGGAGAGGGACUGGAUCACAGACCGCAUCGUGGAACAGAUCCUACAGAAGUACCGGCCGUUUGUAGUUCACCUUAACAUGCGUGGAUGCACCUCUCUACAGUGGCCCAGCUUCAAAUGUAUCAGUGAAUGCAGAAACCUACAGGAGCUGAACCUGUCAGAGUGUUUCAACAUUAAAGAUGAGAUGGUGUGUAUGAUUCUAGAAGGCUGCCCCACUCUGCUCUACCUGAACCUGUCCUUCUCAUAUGUGGCCAACGGGACUCUCAGAGAGCUCUCCAGGAGCUGCCUAAACCUGCAGUUCCUGAGUCUAGCAUGCUGCCGUAGGUUCACUGAUAAAGGCUUACAGUACCUGGCCUCAGGGAAGGGCUGCCACAAGCUCAUCCACCUUGACCUCUCUGGCUGCACUCAGCAGAUCUCAGUGGAAGGUUUCAGGUACAUAGCAGCGGGCUGCCCUCUACUCCAGCAGAUAGUCUUCAAUGACAUGCCUACUCUGUCAGACAGCUGUGUGCUGGAGCUGGCCUCUAAGUGUCACUCUCUGUCUGCCAUCUCCCUAUGGGACACGCCCCAUCUCUCAGACUCCGCCUUCAAAGCCAUCGCUGAGGUGGCCAACCUCACCAAGUUCAGUGUUGAUGGUAACAGUCGUAUGUCAGACAUCAGUUGGAGGGCUCUGUGUCGUAGUUCUCCAGGCCUUACGAGGCUCCAUGCUGCUGACUGCCCUAGAAUGACUGACUCCAGCCUAAAGUCUAUGGGCGCCCUCAAAAACCUGGUCUACCUCAACAUCUCACACUGCAGCAGGGUGAGUGACAUGGGGCUGCGGUACCUGACUGAGGGGCCUUCUGCCUCUAAACUGAGGGAGCUGAAUCUGAGCAACUGCAGCCGCAUCAACGACUUAGCUAUCAUGAGGGUGGCUCAGAAGUGCAGUAAGCUGAACCACCUGAGUGUGUCUUACUGUGAUAACCUGUCUAAUUCUGGUCUGGAGUGGCUCAGUAGCUGUUCCUCUCUCCUCUCUCUGGACAUCAGUGGCUGCAACAUCAUGGACCAGGGGCUGAUUGCUCUAGGUGGGAACCCUGGCCUGAAGAAGCUGGUUGCCUCUGAGUGUGUCUGGAUUACUGACAUUGGUAUAGAGAAGUUCUGCAGGCAGGCGAGAGGUCUGGAGUAUAUGGACGUGUCUCACUGUGUAGCUCUAUCUGACCAGGCCAUCAAGGCUCUGUCCUUCUACUGCAGGACUAUAGUCACGUUACGCAUGCCUGGCUGCCCAAAGAUGACAGACCUGGCGGUACAGUACCUGACAGUAGGGCGUCACUUCCUGAGAGAGCUGGACGUGAGUGGCUGUGUUCUCCUGACUGAUCGCACACCACGCUUCCUACAGACAGGCUGCCCACAGCUCAACACCAUCAACAUGGUCUACUGCAGGGGAAUAUCCAAGCAGGCGGCUCUGAGGCUCCAGCCCUGUGUUGAGAAGUGGGAGCACAGUAACGAUGACGCCCCCUACUGGUUCGGCUAUGACAGUCUUGGCCAGCUGCUGCAGCCAAUCGGACGACCCGACAAGAUCCAGGACACCUGGGAGGAAGAGGAGCCAGCACCAAGAAACAACAAAAGAGGAAUUUGAUAAAGGCCUGUGGAGAGGACUACGAAUACACAGCAUGAAUACACACAGUCCAUGCAGACAAACAAACGCACAAGGACUUAGUUUAUACAGUACACACACAACCUCGCAAUCUACGGUAAAUCAAAUCCCUAACAUAUACACUGCACCUUUCAUUAACUCUAGCUCAGAUAUCAAGCAUCGGAAAGGAAUGGCCAAAGAUUAACAAC